GCGCCAAAUCUGAACCUCACUCCAGAAGAGAAGCGCCUAUUCGGACAGCUGUUUCGACAAGCCGAUUCGGAUAGUGUUGGUGUGGUGACUGGAGAGGUCGCUGUUAAAUUCUUCGAGAAGACAAGGCUUGAGCCGCGUGUGCUAGGAGAGAUAUGGCAGAUUGCGGAUAAAGAAAAUCGAGGCUUCCUCACACCUACGGGCUUUGGGGUAGUUUUGAGAUUGAUUGCGCACGCCCAAGCUGGAAGAGAUCCCACUCCCGAGCUGGCACUGAAGCCUGGUCCCCUCCCCAAAUUCGAUGGCAUAAGUGGCUCUGCUCCGGGCAUGAGCCCUACGAUUCAACCUCCUCCCGGCCCUCCGCCAAGCGCUUUACAACCACAAGCAAGCGGAUCUGGUCCCAUACGAGUUCCUCCGUUGACUCCGGAAAAAGCAGGCCAGUAUGCAGCUUUGUUCGAGAAGUCAGGAGCUUCCAAUGGAGUACUUCCAGGAGAGCAGGCAAGAUCCAUAUUCGAACGCUCAGCUCUCCCAAAUGAAAUUCUGGGAAGGAUAUGGAAUCUAGCGGACACGGAGCAGAAGGGCUCUCUUCAAGUCAACGAAUUUGUGAUCGCUAUGCAUCUGCUAGCAUCAUUCAAAGUGGGCGCUCUCCGCGCAUUACCGAACGUACUUCCAGCAGGACUCUACGAAGCAGCAGCUCGGAGACCACCAAGUAGACAGUCUUCAGGGGCGGGAGCUAUGUCAGCUAUACCCCGGCAGUUUAGUGGUGCUCCUCGUACUGGUAGCCCUCUGAGCCGACCUGCAUUUGCUCCGCCUCCACAGCAGUUCCCUCAAGCCUCGGGUUCCGCUGGAGAUUGGGCUAUCACGCCUGCUGACAAGGCAAAGUUCGACAAUAUCUACAAUGGUUUGGAUAGGACUAACAGAGGAUUCAUUACUGGGGACGAAGCAGUACCAUUCUUCAGCGAAUCAAAACUUCCAGAAGAAGCUUUGGCGUCAAUCUGGGACCUCGCAGACAUCAACUCUGCUGGACAUCUGACGAGAGAUGAGUUCGCAGUCGCCAUGUAUCUCAUUCGACAGCAACGAGGGAAGCGAGAUGGACGAGAGUCUUUACCUGCUACUUUGCCUCCUAACCUAAUUCCACCAAGUAUGCGAAAUCAGGUACGGCCCGCUCCUCUUCCAACCGCUCCAGCUUUCGAUGCCCCACAAACCAUGCCCAAAUCAGCAGCGGAAGAUUUGUUUGGUCUGGAUGCUCUCUCCUCUUCUCCAGGACCUGCUCCAGUCCAAGAUCCUCAAUCUACUGGUGGCUCAGGGUCCUUCGGUAUCAAUCGGCAGGUAACAGGUGAUCCCUUUGGCGCCCCAUUGACUCCAACAUCACCUGCACAACUCUCUCCCCAGCAUUCAACUCUUUUCAAGCCCUUUCUACCAACCUCGUCGUUUGGUCAAAGCAUCACGCAUCAAGGUACUGGAGGGUCGAAUAGUUCAGGCCCAUCUCUGCAGCGAAGCUUCCAGCCCCAGAGUUCUUCUGCUACCGAGGAUUUACUAGGUGACAACGAUCCCGAGAUAAGCAAGAGGCUCACAAACGAGACGACCGAACUUGCAAACCUUUCUAAUCAAGUUGGCAAUUUGUCAAAGCAAAUGCAAGAUGUGCAAGGACAACGAGCAAGUUCACAGAACGAGUUGACCCAGGCGAGUACUCAAAAGCGUGAGUUUGAAACUCGCCUCGCCCAGCUACGCUCUCUCUACGAACAAGAAGUGAAGGAUGUAAAAAGUUUGGAAGAGCGCCUUGCAGCAUCCCGGGCCGAGACCAAGAAAUUACAAACUGAUAUUGCCAUGCUUGAAGGAACUUAUGGAGACCUCCAGAACCAGCACCGCCAAAUUGUUAUAGCAUUGCAGGCAGAUCAACAGGAGAACGCCAACCUAAAGGAGCGGAUGAGAGUUGUCAACGCCGAAAUCACACAGAUGAAACCGACGUUAGAGAAGCUCAGGUCAGAUGCUCGUCAACAGAAGGGAUUGGUUGCAAUUAACAAGAAACAGCUUGCAACAAAUGAAGGGGAAAGAGACAAGCUGAAGGCCGAGGCUGAAGAUCUGAACAAGAGUAUCAAGGAGGAUACAGAGACACUUGCUGCGGCUGCAGCAGCUGCUAAAGUACAAAGCCCACCGCCCGCUGAGAGGUCUGCUGUUGUUAGCCCCGCCCCAUCGACCAUGAGCGCCAACAACCCAUUCUUCCGUCGACAUCCAAGUUCGGGCGAUAUUCCCACAUCUCCCUUUAGUGCAUCGCCUGCCGUCAAUGAUCGGUCCUUCGAGAAUGUAUUUGGACCUUCAUUCGCCGCUGCUACUGAACCACCCCCAGCGACGAGCUUUAAAUCAGAAGCUCUUCCCGUUCGUCAACAAACGACUGGAGGCAGUGUGUUUCCUACUCCCUCUCCUCCUAACCAAACUAGUCGAGAAAUAACUUCGACCAGUGAGCUACCACCGCCUCCGCCAGAAUCAAGACAAAUUAACUCUAGUUUUUUACCUUUUCCUUCACAUGAAGAUUCAGUGACAUCUUCUCGGCAAGUUUCAGCACCGAACAGUAGAUCUGGGGAAGACACUGGUGCUGAUACUCCUACAAACUAUAUGGGUAUGACACCAACAGGAUCUUCAGCAGCAGGACCAACAGAAACUGCCAGAGCUGUAUCGCCUAGUGUCGACCGUAAAUCUAAUGCUUCACCCGCUGGCCUUGAGCCACCUCAAGAUGCAAUUCCAGGUGCAUUCCCUGGCGACUCUCACUCGAAUAUUGUGGCAACACCCACUGGCGGCAGUACUUUAAGUGAACAAGCCGCGGCUGAUCCCUUCGCUCUAAAUAAAGCCCCAGAGCGCACUGGCACUGCCAAGGACGACUUUGAUGCUGCUUUUGCUGGCUUUGGUAAUACUGCCAAAGCUCAAGAACGCUCCAAUACUGGCAAUUCGUCUGCAUCUGGCUCCGCUAAUGUUGCCGGGUUCAAUAAGGAGUUCCCGCCAAUCGCUGAAUUAGAAAAUGACGACGAAAGUGACAGCAACGACGAAGGGGGUGGCUUCGAUGAUGACUUCGCCCCAGCAUCUCCUGGUCAUGGGAGAAAACCUAGCGGGGAUAAAGCUGUCACUGCCACACAACCAACUAGUACACUGAAUGAUACAUUGGCUGUAAGACCUACGAUCAACACGCAAGCUUCGGCACAAAGCAUGGGAAGCAACCCACCACCUGCCAGUGCUCAAACCUCGCCACCUGCGUACAACAAAGCUGUAUCUCCAGCUGACCAAGCUCAAUCACAAGCACAGCAAUAUAUCGGACUCCUACCUUCUCGCGAAGUGCCUACACCCACAUCGCCAGAGCAAAAUACAAGCACCGCUACCAGCUCAACACCAUUUGGUGUUCCUCAAGUCUCAUCACAGCCUGUCCCACCAGCUAAGAUCCCUUUCGAUGACGAUUUCGACGACUUUGAUGACUUGGAAGACGCCAAAGAAGGAAGUGCUGAUGAUGAUUUUGCAAAUAUCUCUAAUCAUGAGCGCGGUGGCCUUGACGAUUUCAAUCCCAUGUUCGAUAGUCCUCCAGCUUCCAAGGGACAAGAACAUUCAACACAAAGUAAUGGAUUCGGUACCAGCAAUGCUUUCGGAGAUUUCACUUCAUCGCCUAGUACCACGCAGCCACCUUUGGCUACACAGGCAGUGAAUGAUAGCCAUGAUUGGGAUGCUAUUUUCGCUGGUCUUGAUGAACCUGUACCAGCACCAGCCGAGGCACCAAAGACCGAGCCUGCACCGACAAUGAAUAAUGGUACCUCCGCUGCUACCGCAGAGAGACCACAGAUUGGUCGAGCUCUGACGGAAGCCGGUGUUCAUGAUGACCCCAUCUUGAAGAACUUGACGGGAAUGGGAUAUCCUAGGAAUGAUGCUUUAGCCGCGUUGGAGAAGUACGAUUAUAGUUUGGAAAGGGCUGCGAAUUACCUUGCCAGUCAGUCAUGA